AUGGCCACCAAACAAACUAAAAAGUACCAGCAACCAACGGCCACCUCCAUCAAUGUGGAAUCCAGUGUGUUGUUGUCGUUGAUCAGACACACUUCAGAGAACUAUCCUUCUUUGUUUUCUGGUGCCUUGUUGGGCUUUGAAGACGACGAAGGUUCCAUAGACGUUACCCAUGCCUAUCCAUUCCCAUAUCCAGACCAAUACGAGGGAGGUUCAUUCAGAUCCAGAAGCGGUGCUAAGUACCAGCAGGAAAUCUUGGAGAGCUUGAAAAAGUUAGAAUAUGGUGUUGAGUUCCAAGGUUGGUUCCAAUCGACUGUUUCUGGUAACUUUGUCACUACCCAAUUAAUAGAAGGCUUGGCUCAGCAACAAUUGACCAACAAGAAUGCCUUCAUUUUAAUCCAUAACAUGGCCUCCGUUGGCAAGGAGGUCGAGCUUAAAGCCUUCAGAUUAUCGGAGGGUUUCAUCGGCGCCUACAUAGACGGCAAGUGGAAGUCCAAGGACUUGGAAGCCAACAAGCUCACAUACUUGAACAUCUUUGACGAGUUGCCCAUUAACAUCCACAACCAGCACUUAGUGAACUUGUACUUGGCUGGCUUGGACAACGAGGCCAAGGGGGAGAAGGAAUUCGAUGUAUUGAAUUUGUCGUCGAAUCAGAAUGUCACCGCCCAAUUGUUGGAAUCCUUGUACAGCCAAGUUGACUCCUACAACUACGACCAGAACAACUUCAACUACUACCAGAGACAGCAUCAGAAGGAAGUCUCCAAGAUAACCCAAUGGAAACAGCAGAGAAAAUUGGAGAACUUGGAAAGAGCCAAAAGAGGCGAUAAGGAGUUGGACACCGAGGAGUGGAGAGGCAUCUUCAAGUUGCCUAGUGAACCAUCCAGAUACAACAACAUGCUCCACAGUAAUGCCAUCGAUGUGUUGGCCGACGACAUCUUGAAGAAGUGCGACGAAGAGUUGACCAAGAGUUUUGCCAUCGAGAGAAAGUUGACUGCUGGUGAUUCCCAGUAA